AUGACUGUUCCACUUAUCAUUGCUUCUGGUUGCGAGAAUGAAAUUCAUCUGUUGAUCGGCACGGCGAACGUUUCGAUAUGUAUGAAGCGUAUUAAGGCGAUCCAUGAAUCUGGAGCGACUCCCGUUGUUGUACAGGUCAGCGGGGAAAGCGAAUUGAAACAAUUGGCGCAGAUCAGCCAUGGGACUGGUUUGCAGGUUAUAGACCGAGAUUUUAGGAUGUCUGAUUUGACCAGUUUGGGACGUCCGGUGGUGGCUAAAGUGGUUGAUCGAGUGUUUGUGAAUUUACCAAUGACCGAGUAUCCCUUGGCGAGAGAAAUUUAUGAGCUCUGUGUGAAGAUGAGGAUCCCCAUCAAUACGUUGCAGAGACCGGAGUACUCUACUUUCCACAUGAUUUCGACGUAUAAUGAUCCCAAGGGCAGUGGAUUGCAGAUAGCGGUGACAACGAACGGACAGGGCUGCAUCUUGGCGAACAGAAUCAAGAGAGAGAUCGUGGCAAGCCUUCCAGUCAAUAUCUCCGAGGUGGUGAGUAACAUGGGCAGGAUACGAAGCCAGAUCAUCAACGAGGACCAGAAGGAGCUGUUGGAGGCGCAUUACGAACCCACUGCUGAGUUGGCAGUUGUCGAGAACAACUGGUACGGCCUGAACGACGACGGCUGGGAAAGCCAUAAGCUGAACGGGCUUGUCGAAGAGUUCCACAUGACAGAAAGGCAGCAGAAGCUGAGGAGAACAAGAUGGCUAUCCCAGCUGAUAGAGUACUAUCCGCUAGCUAAACUGGCGGACGUUGACGUCGAUUCUCUGAACACUGCGACCGCCGAGGGCGCCUCAGCAGCAGAAACGCCUGCUGAGAGUACAACGACUGUCUCUGAUAUGAAGGAUUCAUUGGACAGAAAGGGCACGGAACUGACCACUUUAAUCGAUAACCGGACUUCCGACGGGCGCGAGAAGAAAGGUUCCAUAUCGUUGGUCGGCAGCGGUCCGGGAUCGGUGUCUAUGCUUACGCUUGGUGCAUUGAACGAAAUAAAGACUGCUGAUCUUAUCCUGGCAGAUAAGCUGGUUCCGCAGUCGGUGUUAGAGCUGGUUCCAGGCGAGACAGAAGUUUUCAUUGCACGUAAGUUCCCUGGGAACGCUGAAAAGGCCCAGAGCGAGCUGCUCGAAAGAGGCCUGGAAGGGCUGCUACAGGGCAAGAAGGUCGUAAGGUUAAAGCAAGGUGAUCCGUACAUCUUUGGACGCGGUGGCGAGGAAUAUCUGUUCUUCAAGCAGCACGGCUACGAACCACAAGUGCUUCCUGGUCUCAGCUCCGCCCUGGCGUCGACCGUGGUGGCCAAGAUACCGGCCACGCAAAGGGACGUUGCGGACCAAACCUUGAUCUGCACCGGUACCGGUAAGAAGGGCGCCCUGCCUGCCAUACCAGAAUUUGUCUCUACCAGGACCACUGUCUUUCUAAUGGCCCUGCACAGGGCUGAGACGCUGGUUCAGGCGCUACUCAAGCAAGACUGGGAUGAAGACCUUCCUGCCGCAAUUGUCGAGAGAGCCUCUUGCAAAGAUCAAAGGAUCACAAGAACAUUGUUGAAAUAUGUGCCACAGGUCGUUGAAGAGAUCGGAUCCAGACCACCGGGGUUGCUGGUUCUGGGCAAAGCAGUCGCCGCUCUCCUUCCGCAAGAGGACACAGAGUUCAGUGACACUCGCAAGUAUUAUGUCGAACAAGGCCUCGCUGGCACGGACAUAGAGAUUUCGUCUUUAGCAGAUAUCAUUACAUAA